CCAGUUUCGGUUAUAAACUGCACAUUAGUAAAUAAAUAGAGGUUUGGAUAUUUGUUGUUAAUCCUACAUCACAUUUCUGGUGUGAAUUUCUUUUUCUUGAUAUCCUAUAGUUUUUCGAACAUUUUAUCCAAAUUUUGGUUUUUAUAUCUUUAGUUGCUUGUUUUCAACUUCAUAAAUUGUCUUUUUCCUCAUUGUUGAUAAUGUCAGAUUCUGAAAACAAAGAAGGAAUUAAUGAUUCAUCUGACAUUCCUAAGGAUGCUGAUGUUUCUAGUGAAAAUUCUGAAAAUAUCACCAUCCCAUCUCAUAGUGGAGAUAGUACGCUCCAAAAGAAAAACAAAGUUGACAUCUUUCUGAAAGCUACUGCUAAUGCUCCAAUUAUGAAAAGAAGGAAAUGGACUGUUGAUCAUGAUAAAACAAUUGCAUGGAUUAUCAGUUUUCUUAGGAAAUAUUUUAAAUUGGAUUCAAGUGAAUCUUUGUUCUUAUAUGUGAAUCAAUCAUUUGCCCCAUCUCCAGAUCAGGUUGUAAGGAAUCUUUAUGAAUGCUUUGGCACAGAUGGAAAACUUAUUUUACAUUACUGCCAAACACAAGCUUGGGGUUAAAAAAAAUGAAGUAGAAAAAAUAUAGUUUUGUAAAUAAUUUUAAAUAUAUAUUCAUUAUAUUGAGUUGUACUAUACUUUAUUUUUUACAUAUCUAUUUAUAUAUUACAUAAUUUUUUAUUUGUCUGUACUUGUGAUAGAUGAGUUUUCAUAGUGAAAUUAUUAUUUUUUUUAUAUUGCUGAUAUUAUCAGGCAUAUGGCAAAGUAAGGAUACUAAAAAAAAUGCACUUUUGAGUUUUCACAGUAAAUCAAAAUCCUUGUGUGUAUCAGACAGACAUGAUCAAAAUGUAUUUUAAAUAUUAUUUUAAAAUACCACAAAUUUUGUUUUUUUAAAACAUAGUGUAUUUUAUUUAUUUAAAAAGUAUUAAAAUUGUUUUCAGUUAAUGUAUUUCAAAUACAAAAUACUAAAAGUGUUUUGUAUUUAUAUUACAAAAAAC